UAUUUUGUUACCUAUAUGAAUAAAGGAUUUUGAAUUUGAAUUUAUACUUUUAGAAUUUUAUAUCCGAAGCAGAAAUACUAAGUGAAGUAUUAUGUUGGAGAUCACUUGAUUAAUAUUACAGGUUACUAUUUCUUUAAUUCCUCCUAGAUUUCAGCAGUACACGAUAGAUAAUUAAACUAAUAUAGUUAUUUUUAAUUGUCCCGGCAACGGCACCUAUCGGCUAUGGAAGGACGUGGUGAACGGUACAAAUACAGUAAAAACGGACGGUUGAAGUCCGCGGCGCGAAUCGAUAGCUGCGUGGAUCGUGAACGAGCGUGGCCUGCAGGGGGAGGUCGGCGGGCGGCGGGCGUCUGCGCUCUUGCUUGCUCACGUGUUCGUCGCCCAUCUCGUUUCCACGCGCUCGACCGCCUCAUGCGCGAGCGAGACGGCAGUGGAGCUUCCAGUGUCUGCGUGCCGAUGUGUGUGUCGGUUUGUUCGACGUCGCGCAUUGCCGCGGCGUGACGUCCAGGCGAACGGCCAUGGCGCGGCGGGUGCGCGUGCGGAAAGACCUGUCAAAGAAGCAGAAAGACGUGGGGCGCCUGGUGGACACGGGACAGGCAGACGACAGGCGUCUCAUCCGGCUGGUGCAGGCGCGCCCCGUUCUGUACGCGCGCAAUAACAUGCCCGUCGCCAGCUACUACACCAGUGUCAAGCGACAAUGGCAAGAAGUGGCGCAAGAGAUGGACUGGACAGUGGCCGAAGUACGUCGCAAGUGGUCGCACAUCCGCAACUCGUACUCGCGCCACCUCCGCAACGAGAUGCACGGGGCGUGCACGAGUCGCGGCCGCAUGGUGUCCAAGUGGUACCUCGCCGACGACCUGGAGUUCCUCCGAGACCACAUGGCCACCGAUGCACGUUCCGUGCCCUAUCCCACCUUCGCGCCCACGCUGCUCGACCUCGACUCCGCCGAUGACGCGCACGACGUCAAGCCGCUGCUGUCUCCCGCGUGGUUCAUGACUCCGCCGCUCGCGCCCCGCGCUUCCAGCGACGACGGAUGCGGUUCAGCCUUCGGCUCCGAGGAGAACUCCUCGUACUUCCAGUUCUUCCGAGGGUUGCACGCCGACUAUCAGAUGCUGUGUGGCUCCCGCCAGCGCGCCUUUCAGCGGCGCUGUCUGGCCGUGUUGCACGCGCUGCUCGACGAACGCGACAGCGGGCGACCGCCGCCCGUCAGCGACGACGAGAGCGAAGCCAAGGCGCCCGAGGUCGAGCCGACGGAUUUCACCUCGACGACCUACGAGGACGCCAGGUGAAGGUCUCUCGCGUAUUGACCACCGAGUCAGCCAUCUUUCUCAUUCCAGUUAUUAACUUGUAAAACAGUAUUUACUGUUAAAAGGAAGUGAGUUUAGUUUUGUUACAUAAUAUUUAAUCUAGCUUAUAUCAAUGCAGUAAGCAAACAAAAUGUAAUGGUAAGGAUAUAUACAAGAUCUGUAUUUUUUAUCGUAAAUCGUUCGACUUGGGAGUAUAUUCGAUAUUAAUACAUUCGUUCUUACCGAGAGACUUUAAUUAAUGGAGGUGGCGGGGCCUCUGUUUCUUUUGUAUCUACUUUCUCGAUAGAUUAACAAAAUAAUAACUCACGGGUACGAAGAAGAUCUGCGAAAAACGUGUAGCUAUUUUUUAUCUCAAAUACUUUUACCAUCAUUCUUGUUUUAAAGCAUUAGAGAAUUUUAUUAUAAUAAAUGGUUGUUAAUAUUGGUAUUAGUAAUACACACGGCUCAGCCUAUUGGUAGGACUUUUAACAGUGUUCUUACAUAUUAUAAACGCUCAAAUGAAAUAAAGAUAUCGUCAUAUGUA